UGUAUUUUUCAUUUCAGAAUUGUUUUCACUUUGUGCCAAACUCGGCGUUCUGAUGAGGCCAACGUGAUCAGCAGGCACAUUUUCUGUUGCAGUUUGGCGCUGCACGGAUCUCAUAACGCACUGGUCUCCUCAGCCUUCAGCCUCGUUAGCGCAAACAGGAAGCGCAUGAGUGACUGACAGGCCUGAAUGUAAACGAGUCGCUUCUUUCUGUAAUCCUGCAUCGUUACGCAUCCACCUCCUCCCUGAAGCUCCAACUGCGUGGCUCCUAAUGCGCUGCUCCCGGUUUUCUCACACCCUCCUCCACUUGACCCCCAGGACCCGCCUCCGGCCGUUAAAAGGGACGGAGGACACGCUCCGUCUUCAUGUCUUCCCUCAUGUAUUUUUCAUGCUGUUAAACCCUCUCCGGUCGGCCCGUGCAGCUCCGGGCUCCCGCUCCGCCUGACGACAUUCAUGGACCCAAACCCUCGGCUGUGUGCUCCUCUUUGACGGGCUGCAGCGGCUGACUCAUCCGGGGCGCGUCGUGGAACUUUCACUUCCCAUCCAUCCGUCGCUUCUGCUCCCCGCGUCAUGUCUUUUGGCACCAACACCAAAACUGGCUUCUCCGUGCGGGACAUCCUGGACCUCCCUAACCCGACAGGGAGAUGCGGCUCCGGGACCGAGGAGGCCGAGGAGGACGACACCGAGGAGGCCUCCGCGGUGGUUCCAGGGCCGGAAAACGCGCAGAAAUUUGGAUUUAGCGGCAGGAGUUUCCGCGAGCGCGGCGGCGGCGGCGGCGGCGGCGGCGGAAUCUACGGCAGGUGGAGCCGCCGAGCCGUAGGCCUACACGGACUUUUAGAGUCUCGUACCGAGCCCAAAUCUCCCGAGCUCUCCACGGACGAGUCCCCAGACGCGGAGCGGGAUCCGGCGCGCGGCGCGGCGCAGAAGAGCCGCGGCAGGAAGCGGCGGGUGCUCUUCUCCAAGGCGCAGACCUUCGAGCUGGAGCGCCGCUUCCGGCAGCAGCGCUACCUGUCCGCCCCGGAGAGGGAGCACCUGGCCGGGCUGAUCCGACUCACCCCCAACCAGGUGAAGAUCUGGUUCCAGAACCACCGCUACAAGAUGAAGCGGGCUCGGAGCGAGUACAGCCUGGAGGCACUGCAGCUGCUGCCGCCCGCACGGGUCGCCGUCCCGGUCCUGCUGCGGGACGGGAAGCCUUGCGACAGAAUCACAGCGCAGGACCUGGAGGCGACCUUCAGGUCCGGCCUGGGUCUCCCUCUGUGUGCCUACUCUCCUCUGCUGCACCCGGCCUACGGUCCGGACCGCCCAGGGCUGCCACAGCAGCAUCCGGGGGUGCAGCAGCUGGCGCACGUGUACCACUGGAGCUGGUGAAGCCCGGGCCAGAACUCUUUGUGAGGAUCCAGUCCCCACAGCAGAAGUCCAGUUCGGCCUUGAAAUGAGGGUUUGUUUCCCCAGAUUAGACUUCACUGAAUCAUAAAUGCCUCUAUUGGAAAAGUCAGAAAAAUCCAUCUUUUUUGAAUGGAGUUUGGUAUACAUAUCAACAUUUGUUUUCCCCCACAAAAAGUAUUUUCCAGAAAGGAUGAAUGUCUCAAAACAAAGCAGAAUAAAUCGUGCCACAUGAAAAAAUUAAAAACAAGGUUAAAGCACAAGUUUUUUUCUGGUGGUGUCUGGUUUAGUGUGUAGCCUCUUUUAAUUCAAAUAAUCAGUUUCAAGGCUUUUGUUUCGUGUAACAGCGGACUUCCUGCACAAAAUGAGCUUUUUUUCUGUCUCGUACAGCUUGACUGAUUUUCAUUUUAAACUUCAGAGGUGACUGCGGACUUUGUUUCCGCGCUCAGACGCACAGAACGUCUAAAACCAAACUGCUAAAAAGACUGCAGUGAAACUGAUCGGAGAGCAGAUCAAACCGAACAUUUUCUCUCUGCGGACGUUUUGCUGUGGUUGUUUUCGUUGUUUUUCUUUU